AUGUUGUUGACCCAUUUAUUGACUAGUUUUCUUCUGCUGGGGCUUCCUGCCCAACCAGUUCAAAGUGAACCGAUACCAACAACCCUAACUCCUCGCGGGGCACCUCUUGUCGAUUUCAACGCCGCGCGUGGUGACGACCCCAAGAAGCUUGGAAGUCUCAACCUAGAGAAGGGCAAGGGAGACAAGCCCAAGCAGAACACUAAUGAUUUGUAUAUCAAGUUGGGCAAGGAUUGGAAAGGGACUAAGGCCGCACAUUUCCAUCAUAAAGCUGGCUAUCGUAGAGCUGAGUACCAUUCGCUGAAGGGCCAGACUAAAGCUGGAACUACGUAUUUCAUUACUUACAGCUUCGCGCUCGAGGAACUACCUGACGGCCUAAUCGUAUUCCAAUGGAAAGAAUACAAGGCCAAUAACGACCACGAUAAGGGCGCCAAUAUCCCUCUCGCCCUGGAGAUACGGAAGAACAAGCUAGAAUUCACGCAUACUUCGGUUUGGAAGGAGCACGGCCGCAAGGUCCAGUGGUCGCAAGAUGUCAAGCCGCGCACUAUGUACAAGAUCGGUCUGGAGAUCGAAGCUAAGGCGAAGGACGGCCACGUGAAGCUUUGGUUCAACGGCAAGCCUGUAACGUUCGCUACUACUAAGUCUCAGACGCUCACUGGAAAUAUGUAUCCUGGCGAGAGCGAUCCCAAGUUUGGCAUAUACGGCGGAGAGGACGUUCAAGUGGACAGUUAUGUUUACCAGGUUCAGAUUGGCACGAGUCAGGGAGACCUCGACCAGAGUUACUUUGGCAAGUAA